AGAGAGAGAAAAUCAAGUGAAAUAAAUGUGAAAAUCAUCAGCAAACCCUUCUCUUCACGAGGCCUUCUCUUCAAGCGGCAUCACUCCCCGCCGUCACCUCGGUGCACGAUCCCCUCCACCACCACGACGACGACGACGGCGACGCUGCGUGUAUAUCAAAGAGAGGCUUGAUUUGCUAAAAAAUUAGCAUGGAAGAUUCGAGAAAUCACAAGAAAAAGCAAGCAAUUGAUGGCGAAGAAGAAGAAGAAGACAGAAUCAGCAGUUUACCAGACUCAAUUCUUCACGAAAUCCUCUCUUCCAUGGACGACCUCAAAUCGGCAGUUCAGACCUCCGCGCUAUCAAAACGAUGGAGGUACGUUUGGACUUCCCUCCCCAACCUCCACGUCGAUUUCGACGAAUUUCCAUUUCCUGAUUCAGAUUCCAACGAGGCCAAUCGGCUUCGUUUCUUGCACUUCGUGAACCAAUUCUUGUCUCUCCGAGACGACGAUUCCAAUCUCUGCAAAUUCUACUUCUUAGCCAAAUACUGUGAUGAUCCAAGCUUCAUCACAAACUGCAUACAUUACGCAAUUCACCACAAUGUUCAAGAAUUCCAUCUCUGGGCAGCUUGUGUUGCCGAGCCCUUUGAAUUCCCUCCCUGUUUUUUCAACUCUGAAUCCCUAAAAUCUCUCAAAUUGGUAUAUUUUUACAAAAGUGUGCCUAUCGACAAACCGUUGUGCUUUCAGGGAUUAAAGACUCUGCAUCUUAGUUGUUUUCUAGAUGACUCUGCCAAUUUUGUCACUGAGAGUGUUGGGAAUUGUCCCAAUCUGGAAACUUUGAUCUUGGAUUACUUGCAAUUGAGAUGUUUUAAAAUCACUGCUCCGAAACUUAGGAAGUUGGAAUUGUGUUACCAUGAGCGUUGUAUUUCCGACUCUUAUGAAUCGGUGAUUGUAGUUUCGGCACCUAGGCUGACUUCGUUUAAGUUGAAAGGUAAGGUUUCGCCUGUGUUUUCUACGAUGGGACUUCCUUCUAUGGACGAUUUAUGUGUCGACCUGAGGUUUCCUUCUGAUGCAAAUAUCGAGCAAACGGUGCCAGUCAAUGUGAUCAACAUGCUGGCUCAGCUUGGAGAAGCAAACUCCCUUACAUUAUCAUUGGGAACCCUUGAGGUUCUUGCAAUGGAUACUGAUUCUCUCAAGAGCCAUCCUUCUCCAUUUCAUAAGUUGAAGCAUCUCAAGUUGAUUGCAAAAGAGUUUCUAGAAGAAGAUACAAGUCCUACUUUAACUCUGCCGCUAAACGUGAUUACCUACUUGACCCGAGGUUCCUCAUGUGGCGACACCUUGUUUAUGAAGUUCUCUAGUAAUCGCUAGAAGACACAGAAGGUUCUUGGGAAAUCUUGCUAGAAGCCUCCAGCCCGAGCAAUGUGAGUCAAGCAAGUAUAUUUUUGGGACUUGGGCACUAGUUGUGCUUGUAUAUGUACUUGCUUUUGAGUUUGUACUUCAUGGUUGAUCAUAUGAUAUAUGGGCAGGAUGUAUGUACACCCUUCUGAAUUUCUAUUCUUAACACCUUUCAUGAUUUAUUUGUUUAGUCA